GGAAAUCAGCUGUUGUCAAAACGAUCUAACCUAUGAAUAUUGUAAUUAUUCAAAACAAAUAGAUCUUUUUUAAUAAAUGUCUCGGAAAUUUUGUGAUGUGAUAUAUUAAGGGCUUCUCUGUUCGUUUCAUAAACAAUACCAAAGUGUAUAUAACAUUUAAUUAAAAUAGAACUAGCCAUGAUAACUUUAUCCCAACGUUUGAAACGAAAAAAUCAAAAUGAAGACACCUCGACUCCUAAUAGGGCUCCAAUUAGAGAUAGAUUACUCGUAAAAGAAGCACAAGAAAUGUCCCAGUUGUUGCCAGUAUCUUGUUCAAUACAUUACACGAACGAAAAUGAUUUAAGUAAGUUUACAUUAAUUGUCCAACCUACAGAAGGAUAUUGGGAAGGCGGAACAUUUAGGUUUGAUAUUAAUGUGACUGAAGAAUAUAAUAUGGUCCCACCUAUAGUUAAAUGUUCAACAAAGUUAUGGCACCCGAAUAUAUCAGAAAAUGGUGAAGUAUGUCUCUCUCUAUUAAGGAGACAUAGUGUAGAUGGUAUGGGAUGGUCGCCAAUACGUAGACUUAAUGAUGUGGUGUGGGGAUUACAUGCCUUAUUUACAGACUUACUAAACUUUGAAGAUCCCUUAAAUGUUGAAGCAGCUGAUCAGUUUAGGCAUUCGAAAGAAGAUUUUAAAUUAAAAGUUAUGGAAUAUGUUGCUAACUAUGCUAGAGAAUAAUUUGUGACAAUUUAUUUAUUUUAGAUAUACAUACAUCAUGAUGUUUACAAGUUAUUUGUGAUAUUUACUUUAAUGUACAUUAAAAAUUAACCAAUGAUAUUUAAACUCUAUUAAGUAUCUUUUUGUAUUUUAUUUAGUUUCAGAUUCUUAGUAUGUAAACUUUUGUGUUCAAAAUAAAUUAGUUUCUCUUAAA